AUAUAACUGCACCGGCGCGCACACUUGUUCUCAGCUCACAGCACGAGACUUUUGACACAGUCCCCAGCACGCGCAUUUGCGUGCAGAUCGCCGACGGGGCUGGAGGCACGGUGGUACAGUGAGACAAACUUCUGAUCUUCCAAAAUCUGGGAUUGUACUAAAAGGAAUAUGAAUUCGUUAUGGAUUGUGAUCUUUCUUUCCCAUUGUCUCGUGUUACUCAAGGUGUGCAGUGGCGCCUCAGUGGACAGGUAUGAGAGUGGUAAACCCAGAACAACAGUGGACAACCUCUUUCACACCCCAGAGAAAACAAACACAACAGGGCACCAGGUGCACAAUGGGACGAAUGUGUAUGAAUAUGAUGAAGAAGAUGAUUAUGAUGAAGAAGAUGAUUAUCUCUCUGGGGAUUAUGACCUUAACGUACCAAGAGUGGCAUUUUCAACCAAACCCAAACAUCCGUCGGUGAUGCCCACUACUGAGAAGGCGACAAAAAAAGGAAAAAGGAGGGGCAAAGGAAAAGGCAAGGGGAGAAAGAAGAACCCCUGCCUGGGGGAAUACAAAGAUUUCUGCAUUCAUGGAGUGUGUCAGUAUCUAAAGGAGUUGCACACUCAUUCUUGUGUUUGUCAAACAGGUUACUCAGGGGAGAGAUGUCAUUUAUUCACCCUACCAUCAGCUAAAGGGGAACAGCGUUACAGCCGGACCACAGCUCUAGCUGUCAUAGCUGUGGUUCUGUCCCUCAUGUGUCUCGCAAUCAUCGCUAUUUUGCUGGCACUAAGGUACCACAAAAAAGAUGACGCUGAUGUAGAAAGUGAAGAAAAGGUCAAACUUGAGGCAAUGUCAAUACAGUAGUGAUAAGGAAAGAAAGGACGAUGAAAGUCUAAACGACAUGUGACCCAUGGAUGGAUAGCAUUAUGGCUGAGGAUCAGGGGCAUAUUUUUUACAUUAUUCCCAGUGGUAAUCAUUACUUUAAAAAAAAAAACAAAAAAAAAAAACAAAACCUUGCUCUCCUUUAAAAAUUGAUCCAUGCCCCUGAUGUCCUGCGAUUAUAGUGUCUGUCUGCACUGGCAUGAAGGAUGUUUUGAACACUGCUUCCAUGUACAGUACAAUGACUUUCUCAUUGAAUUCUCCACCUGGAGAACAUACUGAGAGGACUGAACUGGAUGAAUGUAUUUCGAUUAAGUUGCUUUUUUGCUCAUUGCUUAUUUAUUUAUUUUAAAAUAGGUGUUUCUGGUUUAUCCCAUCAGUCUGAUUCUAUAGUACUGUCAGAAACACCACAAAGCACUUGUAAUUAUUUAUUUGUAAUGUAUUAUUUAUUUUGAUAUGUAACAAUUUUGUGUACUGAAUACACUGUAAGUUUGUAAAUGUUUUUUAUUGUAUAGAUAUUUAUUAUUGAUAGAUACAAUCAAAUAAUGUUCUAAUAGGACUGAAGUUGCAUCGCAGACUGUACAAUCACAUAUGGAAGACUCUGCUAUAUGGUUUCAAUAAUAUUAUAGCUAAACUGUGAAAUAAACAGAUUUACGGAGCUCUAAAAAUGUGGAGGAUUGUCAGAGACAGGGCUUUGUAGGUCUUUUAAAUGUAUUACUGAGAAAGUGUAGCUUAAAUUAAGUGAAAUAAAACUGAAUAUGUUUAUCAAAGCAUUUUUGAAGUAGUGUGUGUAAAAAAUAACAAAAUAACCCAAUUUCAUUUACUAAUUUCAAGCAAUUUCAACCAAUUACAUUACUGUUGUUUGACUUUAAUAAACAAUUAUUGUCACAUUGUGAA